AUGACAUCGUCGACAAUUGCUCACGAUCUGUCGAAUGCCGAAGCCGGUGUCAUUCGAGCUCGUCUACGUGAAGGUCGCGCUGCCAUCAAUUUUGCUCCGCCCGUGCUAGAACGGUUGAACGAGACUUACAACAGACCGCGAAAGACUUAUUAUGCCUUCGAUCACAAGGAGAUCAACGAUGAGCCUUGUAUUACGUGCGGUGCGCUAGACCUUGGAACUCUCUUUUCCCAUGGCACAGGCUUCGAUUUCCGAGAGGGGAUACGUGUCCGUAAGGGCAUUCCGAUGGGCUGGUCUGACGAGAUCUAUGAACGUAAAGCGUGCCCGCUCUGUCGCCUUCUCGUAGAUGUAGGCGAUACGAGAAUGAGUGAUGACAGGCGGGAGGUAGAAUUCUGGUACAUAAUCACUGUGACAGGCCACGACGUAAUCUACAGCACGUCUGAAUUAUCAUGCAAGGAAGAAAAUACGCCUGAUGUAAGCGGUGAUCAUUUGGUACCGGAAGCAUUUUAUCUUGCGUUAGUCAGAACGGUCAAGCCGCCCCCUGGGUAUGGUUUUGAGUAUCGGACGCUGCUCAAAGACCUCACCUACAUAGGCCUCUCUGACGCUGAUUCACUGAUACCUUCUGGAAGCUUCAGCCUACGAGACUUUGUUAAUGCUAAAGACACGGUGAAAAUCAUUCGCAAUUGGCUUGCAAGGUGUAACAAGGAUCAUCGAUGUUGGACUGCAAAGGCAGAUGCUUCGUCAUUCCCAAACAAAUUCCGUCUCUUUGAUAUCAGGUCCCUUCAUAUUGUUGAAUCAGAGGGCCAAGAAUCAUACAUAGCAUUAAGCUAUCCUUGGACGCAGAUUGAGAAUUUGAAAGCGAUCAAGCAAGAUACAGGACGUACGCUGGAUGCAUGUCCACAAAUAUUGCAGGAUAUCAUCAAUAUCAUCCAAGAUAUUGAUCUUGGUAUCAGUCAUAUCUGGAUAGAUCAGCUCUGUAUAGACCAAGAAGAUUGCAACCAAAAACAAGAGAACAUAGAUGCUAUGGGUACAAUCUACAGUGCCGCUUUUGCCACCUUCAUCCUUGCAGUUCCGCCAGAGGACACACCUCAGAAGGGACUUGCUGGCUUCUCUAUUGAACGUAAGCCAUACCAACGCACGGAGACUAUCGGAAAAACCAAGCUAGCAACCACAUUACCCUCGUUAGAAAUGGCAAUCUUAACAUCUCAAUGGAACACAAGGGGUUGGACGUUCCAAGAAGGUCUAUUAUCAAGUCGCUGCAUCAUCUUCGGGGCUGAACAAAUCUACUUUGAAUGUCAGGAGAUGGCUUGCUGUGAAUCAAUUCAUGACCGUGACUCGAGAAGGACCGAGCAAAGUAAGAAGUUUCCACACAAGAGUCGUCUUCGCAACCCACUGUUAUAUCCUUAUGACUUCAAAGAGACGUAUUGGCGUUUGGUUCGGGACUACACUGGUCGCGACCUUACCUUGCCCUCGGAUGCCCUUAAUGCAUUUGCGGCGCUCGCGAAUGUACUUGAACAGGACGGUCACAAGCUAUUUCAGGGAAUGCCGAUCUCCGAAACGAUAGACUACUUGCUGUGGGAGCAUGAGCCUUGGGACUUUCGCGACAUUCACAGACGCAGAGAUUUUCCAAGCUGGUCGUGGGCUGGUUGGUGUGGGACGGCCGCCAUGAACAUACCUUUCGACGCAAUAUCAGAAGCAGACUCGGUUUGCGAGGUGAUUGGCAAGCCAUCACAUGGUCAUUGUCUCAGAAUCAAUGCACGGACUGCUCAUGUCAGCGUAACAUGUCAUGGACCCAUUGGUUCUAUCAUUGAAGCUUCAAAGUCAUCUGUUAUAAUGGCCCGAGGAAUGCUUGAUGAGCCGAUCUCUGGACCACAGAUCUACAUACUGAUGGAGGUAUUCAGAACAAAACACAUUACACAAGGUCUUUUAUUAGAGCGAAAAGGGGAGGUAUAUGAAAGGGUCGGAUCGGGCCAUGCAAAAUUCAUCAACUUGGAGAAUAUUCGGUUUCAAUGGCAAGAAUUGUGGCUUGCCUGA